UCAGCGUGGACACGAUGAGCUGGUAACCCUGUCGUCUGAUGAGCAAUCUGAUCAUAAAGUACAGGAAGGCUCUUUAGGUUUUCCACAAUCUUCUGAUAGAAAACAGGACAUGCAGAUGGACAGCCUCAGCCCUGAGGGAUGUGAGCAAGAACGACAGGCUCACAGCAUCCUAAAACUGAAGUAUGCUGAGAUAAAGAAGAAAUAUGAUGAGAUGAAGGAGGAGCAUGAUGAAAUGAAGAAGAACCACGAUGUAAUAAAUCAAAAGAAUAAUCAGAUGAAGAAAUACCAUGCUGAGAUGAUGAUAAAAAAGAAUAAUGAGAAAAACCAUGUUGAAAUGAAGGAGAAAUAUGAUGAGAUGAAGGAGAAAUAUAAACAGAUGAAGAAAACACAUGAUGAGAUGAAGGAGAGAUAUAAUGCUAUGGACCAGAAGAAUGAUGAGAUUAAGAAAAACCAUGGUGAGAUGAAGAAAAAGCAUGAUGAGAUGAAGCAGAAGCAUGAUAAAAUGAAGAAAAAACAAGAUGAAAUGGAGAAGAAUCAUGAUGAGAUGAAGAAAAACCAUAAUGAGAUAAAGGAGAAAUAUGAAGAGAUGAAGAAAAACCAUGAUGGGAUAAAAGAGGAGUAUGAUGAGAUGAAGCGGAAGCAUGAUGAGGUGAAGGAAAAGCAUGAUAAAAUAAAAGAGAAGCAUGAUCAUAAUGAGAUGAAGCAGAAAUGUGAUAAGAUAAAGCAGAAGUAUGAUGAGAUGAAGAAUAAACAUAAGAUGAAGGAGAAGCAUGAUGAAAUGAAGUACAAUGAGAUGAGGGAUGAGUUACAAAAGGUCCAGGUUGCCUUGGCUAAAGCUGAGGAGAAUGCUCAGAAUGCUCUGGAGUCCAACACUCAGCUCAAGCUCAAGAACGCCAACCUGAUGCAGCAAAUGGAAAGUCUGCAAGGCGUCAUGGAGAAGUUGCAGAGACAACGGCUAACCAUCCACAGCAGGUCUAAUAAAGUUGGGAAGAGGUCUGCACACCUGCUGGUGAUCGAGUGA